CUCCACCUUGUUUUGCACCGCCUCGCCCUGCUGGAAGGGCAACCGACCCAACCGACCUGCCGCGGACUUCUCCCCGGCUGACAGGCGCCUUAUCCCGGCCUGAUGUUCGCUGCCAGAGCCGCGGCGGCGCCGUGGGGCGCGCGCCUGCCCGGCGGCCGCAGACUGCGCUCCUCCGUCCCGCCGUCCCGGAGCGCACAGAGCGGCCCGGCACGGCCCCGUUCUCCCGGGACGGCUGGAAGAACCCGCUCUACCUCCGGGAUCUCUGUGGACUUCACCGAGACCAGAGAAGCCUAUAAGAGCAAAGAGUCUUUGGAGCUCCUCAGAAGUUUGGUUGUUCUGAAACUCUGUUCCUACGACUUCCUGGUGGAAAAGAAUAAAGAAAUCAUGGAUCUGGGUGAGACGGUUCUGGGCCAGAAGGCCUUCCACCAGCUCCUGAAAAUGACUUUCUACGGCCAGUUUGUUGCCGGGGAGGACCAGAACGCCAUCAAGCCCCUGAUUGAGAAGAACCUGGCCUUCGGCGUGGGCUCCGUGCUGGACUACAGCGUUGAAGAAGACAUCGGAAGCAUCAAACAUGAGCAGAAAGAGACAAACUCAUGUGCAUCUGCUGCGGGGAAACACAGCCUAGGCGAGGACCACAGAGAGAAGGAAUCCGAAGAACUAUUUGUCAGCGGGCAGGGGGGAUGGAAUGGAGCGCGCACAUAUUCUCACCCAGAUGAAGCCAAGUGUGACCAGCAUAUGGAAACCUUUAUCAAAUGCAUCAAAGCAUCCGGUGGCAGUUCGAUUGAGGGCUUCUCCGCCAUUAAAAUGACGGCGUUAGGGCGACCUCAGCUUCUGCUUCAUUUCUCAGAGGUUCUGAUGAAAUGGCAGCGGUUUUUCACCUUCCUGGCAACCCAGCAGGGACAAGAUGGCUUGGAGGCUGUGGAGCAGAGGCUGGAGCUGACACAGCUGCAGGAUUUUUUGACCAAGGUUGGGGCCAAAGGGGACUUUUACGGUUGGUUUACUGGAAAACAAGAAUCCGCAGGAUACAUCAACAUACUUGACUGGAAAAGCCUUAUAGAUGACAGAGAAAAAGCAUCUGAUCUGCUUGUUGUUCCAAAUGUUGAGCUCGGUGAAUUGGAGCCACUUUUUAAGACGUUUACGGCGGAUGAGGAGAAAGAGCUGAAGAGGAUAAUGCAGCGCCUCGACGUCCUGGCAAAGCAUGCUUUGGAGAACGGAGUUCGGUUGAUGGUGGAUGCGGAGCAGACCUAUUUCCAGCCUGCCAUCAGUAAGCUCACCGUGGACCUGCAGAGGCUCCAAAAUAGAGAGAAGCCGGUCAUUUUCAACACAUACCAGUGCUACUUAAAGGAGGCCUAUGACAGCGUGACCGCGGAUGUUCAGCUAUCGAGGCGUGAGGGUUGGCACUUUGCUGCCAAGCUGGUGCGUGGGGCGUACAUGGAUCAGGAGCGGGAGAGGGCGGCGGAGAUUGGAUAUGACGACCCCAUCAACCCUGAUUAUGAGUCUACCAGCAGGAUGUACCACAGGUGCCUGGAUUACGUGUUGAAAGAGAUUGCACUAAACCGAAGAGCCAGUGUUAUGGUUGCUUCCCACAAUGAAGACACAGUGAAACACACCCUAAGAAGGAUGAACCAGUUAGGUCUUUUACCCAGAGACAAUGUGGUGUACUUCGGUCAGCUUCUGGGCAUGUGUGAUCAGAUCAGCUUCCCACUGGGGCAGGCUGGCUUCGCCGUCUAUAAGUACGUGCCAUACGGGCCGGUGAGUGAGGUGAUGCCUUACCUGUCUCGGCGAGCCCAGGAGAACCGAGGCUUCAUGAAAGGCGCCCAGAAGGAGCGAGGGCUGCUGUGGAAGGAGCUGAAACGCAGACUGGCCUCUGGGGAGCUUCUCCACAGACCGCUGUACUGAGAAGGCAGAAGAAGAGGCUGAGAGUGUCGUUAUUUUGUCUCUGGUUCUCUGUGCUUGAUAGCUCCUGGUGCAGCUGUCUGUUCGUUUCUGCACACGUCCUGUUUGAGUCAAUCCUCGAGGAUUCCUGCUGAUGGACUCCGUUUCUCACUCUAUCGGCCUUCAUUGUGUUAUUUUCCUCCCCACCCGGUGAUCCUACCCUUCCUUCACCCCAUCCAGUUUUCCCCUCCAUAUAUAUUUUUUUUCCUUUUUAUCCCCCACUGCAUCCAUAAGUAUGCUUCAUUCUUGUCAUCUCGCUGUCCGUGGAGCUCUGGCAUCUAUCAAGAAGGCAUUUUUACGGCUCCAAAAGGACUCCCUAAAAUGUCAGCAAGCCUGGGCUGGGCAGCCUCCUUUAUGAUCCUAUUUAUCUUCAAUGGGCAAAACAAACCUGAAAAUAAUGGGCUUGAUUUAAAUUUUCAGCAAAGAGGGGGAUUCUCUGAGCAGUUGGGUGUUCUGGUGAUUUUCUUUUUUUUUGUCCGUGUCUGCCACACACCACCUGCAGAACCCAUCUGUACGGCAUGUGUGUGUGUGGGUUUUAAAAUAUUGCUCAUUUGUGAAGCUGUGAGAGCGUAAGCCUCGCUGCACACACAUUUUCCUCAAAGAGCGCACAGCUCUCCGUUAUUGUGUUUACCAGAAGAAGCUAUAUUGUUGGUCAGUGAGGUGUUGCGAGUGAAAAUACGGCGUUCAGUAGUCAGUGAGCAAAUCUCAUUUUAAUAGAGGAACAUGCAGGCCUGGCAGAUUCUUUUUUUACAUUUAAUAAAUAAUAUGUAAAGCAUUAAAAACAGUGGUUUGGAAAUCAGCACGUAUGUAAAUAUAUUUGAUGCUUUUUUUGGGGUCUAUUAAAAUAAUAAAUAAAUAUGAAUAAAACAAGGAAAUACUUUUAAUUCUA